AAGCGACUUAGGCCCCCCCCCCAACACCUCCGCCGAUAUUGCUGGCGUUGUGCCAAAAUUUGAAACCAAUAUUUCAUACGCAUGCGCACUAAACGUACGUACGCCCCCAUUCAUUACGUUACGACAAACAUUUGAAGUCUGGUGCCAGAAUUUCUCUCAAUUCACUCCUAAACACAUUUGUAAUAGAUUUCUCAACCACCUGACGCACUUCCAACAACAACACCAUCCUUUAUAAAGACAUUUCCAAUAUCAGAUGACAUUGGCAUAACUGAAGAUACAUUCUCAUUAUUUAUCAUCUUUUAAAGACCAAAAUGAAAAUAUUGUACAGAACAGAUAUAUAAGAUUGUUUCUAUAAAUCUGUGGUGGAAUUCCUCUGAUAUAUUUACUCUGAAUUGUGUUAUUAGCAAACCUUCUGGACAUCACUGGCUGGAGUGUCUACAAGAUGUGUCUGUUUGCAGAUUGAACGUGGAUAAAUUUAGUUGUUUUGUGACAAAGGUAACAGUGGCCAGAAAUACAACAGUUGAAAUAUUUGUAAACAAAAGACUACAGAAGCAAAAAGAAUAAAAAAAGAAGGUAUAUUGUGAAGUUGAAGGAAAAAUAAUGGAAAAGAGUGAGAAAGUGAAGGAACAGAUUUUACCAGAAGAUAGCAAAAAAGAGAGACAAAAAUUGUCACAUGACUGUGAUGUGUGUAAAAAGUCUUUCUCAAGUAAAGGUAACUUAAAUAAGCACAAACGUAUUCAUACAGGAGAGAAGCCAUUUCACUGUGAAAUCUGUGGUAAAUCAUUCUCUGACCGAAAUCAUUUAAAUUCUCACAUACGUGUUCAUACUGGAGAGAAGCCAUUUCACUGUGAAAUCUGUGGUAAAUCAUUCUCUCAAAGAAGUGCUUUAACUAAACACAAACUUCUUCAUACAGGAGAGACAUCAUAUUCCUGUAAUAUCUGUGGUAAAUCAUUUUCUGGUAAAAGUGCUCUAACUUAUCAUAAACGUCUUCAUAUAGGAGAGAAGUCAUUUCAGUGUGAUAUUUGUGGUAAAUCAUUCUCUCAAAGAAGUGCUUUAACUAAUCACAAACCUAUUCAUACAGGAAAGAAGCCAUAUUCCUGUAAUAUCUGUGGUAAAUUAUUUCCUGGUAAAAGUGCUCUAACUUAUCAUAAACGUAUUCAUACAGGAGAGUCACACUAUCAUUGUGAUAUCUGUGGUAAAUCAUUCACCGUGAGUUCUAACUUAACUGGACACAGACGUUUUCAUACAGGAGAAACACCAUAUUCUUGUGAUGUCUGUAAUAAAUCUUUCUCUACCAGUAGUAACCUAAUGACCCAUAAACGUAUCCAUACAGGAGAGAAGCUAUAUCCUUGUGAUAUCUGUGGUAGGUCAUUCACUCAACAUAGCAGCUUAACUUCUCACAAAUGUGUUCAUAAGGGGAAGAAGCAAUCCCACUAAUAUUUGCGCUAAAUCAUAAUCUCUAAGGGGUUACUGAAACCCUUUACCAUGCAGGUUAUUCUGUCGAAUGUGAUGUUUAUUUAUUCACAUUAUUUUCAAUUUGCCAUCCAAAGGUUUAGUAAAAUUCUAUCA